UACGGAACUUGUUCCGAUGGAAUGCUGUUGCUACAUGUGUAAACAAAAAUAUGGAAACUAAUAUUGGUACAGAUAUUGGUUUGGAUAUAGAUGAAGCUAUUGAAACCAUUCCUUUUGAACUUACUGAAAAUGCUGGCUUUAUAGAGGAAAGAAGUCUUUCAGACUUUGAUUCAUCAUCAAUUGAUGAAGAAUGUCUUUUUCUUGGAACCAACAAUCCAGAUGAUACUUUAGAAGAUUUGGACAAGGACGAAUUAGAUGCAAUAGAAAAUGAUCAGGUUUACAAAGAAAUUCAAGAUUUUGUGGACCAGACAAAACAUGGGCCAAAACCAGAAAGCUCAAUAACAAACUCAGAUGAAUCUCCUCAUGUAAAAACAUCUCUGCACUUCUCAUCUCUGCCUUAUGGCCCUGUGUUGAGAACCAGCUAUGAACAUGGCAACAUGUGCUCUGAUAUUAUGGGGGUAACAUACAAUGAAAGAAUGCGACAGUUUAUAAUAUUGGAUGCCAAAGGGAUCACAACAUGGAAAAGAGAUGCUGUUAGUCAUAGAGUGGACAGAGUUCUUGAGUACCCAAAGUAUGAGUACCGGGUGAUCACACAAGUUGUUUAUGCUAAAAAGUUCAACUGCUAUUUUGGCCUAGGAAAAGAUUUUUCUCUGAAGGUUUUUAACAGAGAUUUCAUUGAGACAUGUUCAGUCAGUGCAGACCUAAGAUCAGUGCUGUUUAUGCUCUUCAACCCACUGAGAGAUGAGUUGAUUACUGGAGGAGUUGGUGGAACUAAGGUGUGGAAGUUUCAACAACAGGCAGAAAAAUCUUUUGGCUCAUUAAGACCCUUGGCUAAUUAUGGCCUAUCAUUAAAAUAUGAAUUGCCAAAUGUUGGAGGGGGCUGGGUGAAGAGAGUUGAGAUGGACUAUAACUUGGAACAGCUGUACUGCUGUAGUGAUACAGGACUUCAUGUGUAUGACCUUGAUGGGAAGCAACUCUUAACAUUUGAGAGAGCUCACACAAUGACCAUCACUGGCUGCAGAUAUUCCAGGACUGCUUGUGUUCUGGUCACCUCAUCUCUGGACACUGAAGUCAAGGUGUGGAGCUUGAUGGGUGGUCUGGUGCAUACAUUUAGAGGACACUCCCGAGCUGUGACCAGCUUACUCCUGCAUCCUUACAAUUCAAGCAUCGUGGUCACCUGUUCACUGGACGGCAGUCUCCACAUGUGGUCUCUGGACACUAUGGAAUCUAUUUAUAGCCUAGUGGUGUCAGUGGAUGGCAUAUUGUGGAUGGGGCUGACGGAUGACAACCUGCUCUACAUGAGCACACCAAGAACACUAACUCUGUGGAACUUCAACUACAACAUAAUGUUCUGGGCCCUUGCCAGGAGUCAAGUCAACAGCUUGUCUCUGUGUAGGAGGAAAGGGAAAACCACAAGGCUAAUGGUUGUUACUGAAGAUAGCAGUGUUCGUCUGAUGGCUCGCAGUAACAGGAAAAAUCUUUGCACAGUGCUGCCCCCUCCCAGCAUAUCUCCCUUACAAAAAGUGCUGAGUGUCUGCUAUGACAGAGAACACAAUACAAUCUACAUGCUAGUUAAUCCUGCUGAAGUUUGGGUGUACACUACUAGAACUGACCCUUCUUGCCGAGUAGCAGUUUGGAAUGUGAUUGAAAUCCAGUCCAACAUUUUGGCGAGCAGAGUUACUGGUGCAGGGGACUUCAAUCCUUCUAGGAUGACCUUAAGUAAAUCUGGACCAGUAAAGAGGGCAACAGAGAAUGUGGCCGGGAAUGUUCAACCUUCCAACUGCUGUUGUCUGGCUGUACUCAACUCACCUGUGGUCAUGUGGACAGACCAAGGCUCAGUGCUCACUAGCCAGGAUAUUUUUCUUCUUCUUGGUCUGGAGGAUGGCAGAAUUUUGUUCAUGGAUCCAGUGGUUAAAGGUCAGAGAUACCUGGAGUUCAAGACAGGAAAAGAUGCUGUGUUGGAUAUAUCACAUGACACGUCACAUGACUGCCUGAACACCUUGUACAAGCCCAAAGGGGUCAUGCUUGUCCAUAUCUGGAGUCUGCCCAACUUGACCAUGUUGCAUGAGGUCUUCACUGCCCCUGACCUUGGGGGAUAUGCCAGAUUGGGCAAUUAUCUAAUGACUGGCUAUUACAGUGGACAUAUCAUCUUUCAUUCCAUGGAACCAGCCACUGACCUUGGCCUCAAUAAACCUAAGACAAUACCAGCUGUUGAAGAGCUGCUGGAUGAACAGCACAAACCUGAACACCUGGCUGCUGUCAUUGCUGUUGAUGUUUGCCCUGCUGUCAAAAUCUUCUGCUCAUGCAGCACUGAUGGGGCAAUAAAAAUCUGGGAUGAAAACACGGCACUGCUGACUGAGGUGAUGCUGGACACCAGCUUGUCUGCUGCUUGUUUUCUCAACAACAUGGGGGACUUGGUUGUUGGCUUCCAGAAACAUCUUUUCUAUAUCGACCAUUCCAAAUUAUGUUCACAGUUAUCUAUACCUGAAUCAGAUGUUGACUCUUUUGAUAAAGAGUCAAUGAUUUAUGAAGAUCCUGCUGUGGUCUAUGAAGGAGUUGCUCCAUACCCUGAUCCUAUUUCACUGGACAACUAUCUGAUUCCUUAUGACAUUGAAUUUUCUAAAGAUUUCCUGGAAGGGAAAAUACAGAUCAUCCCUGAAGUACUUAAAAAACAGGAACCUUUGCCAGAGUCCAGAUGUUCCAUGGCACCAACAGAGAUCUACUCAUCCCCCGACUCAACGCCUCGCAGGCGGCUCUCACUAGUUGACCACAUGCUGGACUACAAGGUCUCCAGCUAUGAGCUGCUGCUGCACAUGAAGAAAACCCUGGACCAACUGGCUGAAAGAGAGAAGAAAGAUGCCAGACAGCUGAUCCAUGAACAAAAGAAAGCCAAAGAAAGCAGAAGCACUGUCCUCAAGAGGAAGCUGAGGAUGCACCUGGCCUCCGAGAACAAGGCCAAAUCCACCAGGGACAAGAGGAAAAACAAAAUAGAGGAGCCGAUAAGAUUUUCUUUCCCAAAGUUCGGCAAAUCUCCAGGCCCAACACCAGAGCCAUCAAACCCUCCCACACCAGACUUGUUGGAUGACUCUGAGGAAGUAGAGAAAUCAAGUGCAUGGAAAGAGGAGACUACCACGCACAAAGCUGAAGAUUUAAAAUUUGAAGAUGAUGAAAUCAGCCGAUUCUUAAGGAAAGAAAAAGAAAAAGAAGAGAAAAAGAAGGUUGAAGCCACAGACCCCCAGCCAACUGUGGCCAGAAAAAAAUUUGGCUUCAGUGGGGUUACAGUUGAUGCCCAGAGCUUGAUAAAGGAGGCCAAAUCACUGGCCAGAUCAACAGCACAGGGAGGAGCAGCCAAACGUUAUGUGGAGACUGGACAGGCCAAAAAGGUGGAGCCAGAACCUGCUGUUGCUGAGAAAAAGGUCAGGCAAGAAAGAGUUGUGAAGAAAAAAGUAUUGACCAGAGUGGUCAAGCCACCAAAACCAAAGGAGACCAAGGAGUCUAUAGAGGCAGCUCCAACACUGAUGCAAGCCUUAGAGAUGAAGGAGCUUCAGCUGAACUUAGAUGAAGAAACAUCAGAAAUAACAACACAAGAGACCAAUGCUGCAGAAGAAGAUGGCACUGUUGUUGAGGAUGAUAAAGUCAUCCCUGAGAGCCCACAGCCAGUUGAUGAAGAAAACAAUAUCCCAGCUGAUUCUUCUCUUCCACUGUCAUUUAUUCCCAAGACAGAUAACUCAGUGCAACUGCUUGUGCCAGAUUUACCUCCCCUUCCAGAUCUAAAUCAGAACAUGCCAGCUGUUCCCAAACUUUCAGCAGCAGAGUCCAAAGCUGCCAUGUUAAAAAAACUGGACAGAAGAACUGCCAUUGACUUUGGUGGAGCUUCCAAGCUGCCAGGUACCAACAACAACAAGCUAGCUGACAGUUGGUUGGACGAUGACACCCAGGCACCCAUGCCAGGUAUGUCCACACAGAUCCAGACAAGAAGGGCCAGCGGUAUGGCAGAAAAUAAAAAUUACCAAGCCGAGAAAUCUGGCCAGGAAAGAAUUUCAGACUUGCCUGAUAAAACAAGCCAAAAUGAAGUAAAAACAUCUGGGUAUUCUGAGAGAAUUUCAGCAGAUGUACAUGAAAACAGACAAGGUGUACGCUCUAGGAUACAGUCUAGAGAGUUGCAGCCAUCUGAAGUGAAAAGGUUAAAUGAAAAAAGACUAUCACAUAGAGGGUCCAGAGGUUCUGUAGAUUCUGUGAUGUUUAUGCCAGAUACUUUGGCUGUGCCUGGACAUGCUGAGAGAAGGCGUAGUGGUGAGCCAGGGGUUAAUGAGUAUGAGCAGGGGCCACAGUUAGGCCAACAACAUACAGCGCAGGAUGAUUACAGAGAUCUGCUGACACCUGGGGAAGUCACCCAGGCCAGGGCUAGGCCAUACACGUCUGCUGAAGAAGGUCAGGGAAAGUUCACAGGUAGAACCACAGCUAUGUCACCUUUGCAGAAGAGACCUUACACUGUCCAAGCAGGGUACCAGACUGAGCUUGAGUUGAUCAUGAAAUUGCCUAGCUCUCAAAGGGACCUCCAACUUCUGUUUGAGAACUCCUUGUACAACUUCAAGUUGAUGUCAAGGUCCAAUAUGGCCGGUGACAAACUUUAUAAAAAUGAGGACCAGUCAUUCUCUGACCACUGGCAUGAGAGGAAGAUUGAAAGACAUAUGCUGCUUAAAAUGCAGAAAGAGCUGAGGACUCUGAAUGUCCAGAAGAAAAGGUUGGUGCUAGAACAAGAGAAACAGGCUCGGAUAAAGCAGCACAUUAUGGAAGGUACAAGGGCAGGUCACGUGACUCCACGGGAAACACCCCACGCUGGACCAAACCUGUACACCAGGGCUAGUACAGUGCACGGGUCACGCCCCACCCUCAGCAUACCUGUCCCCACACCUGUCUCCUCACGCCCCCACACUGCCACGGGGGGCCCCGAGACCCACCCUCCGCAGCCACUGCAGGUCCAGGUGAAGCCACAUCCUCCUCCGAUGAGCCUACAGCAGCAGAUUGAGAAGGCGCUGGAGUUCAGGGCUAGGCAGCAAGAGGUGGAGGCCAGCCUGAGGGGCAAACAGGAGCUGGGGCAUAAAAAGUCUUUCAGAUGUCGACUCAGACAAUCCAAUGAUAAAAAACUAAAUGCCCCCGACAUUUCACCUGAUAUUGACCCAUGGCAAAUUGACCCGCGUAACCCACACGCCAUGAGACCUAAGUCCAGCAAAUCUAUUCCAAGCAAAUGCCAUCAGUAUGUUCUGGUGACCCGACCCAAGACCCAGCUGGACCUGCCCAUGCCCACCCCCCUGGAGGAGCAGCUGCUGGCCUUGAGGUUCCCCGACCAGGGGGAGAAGGUGUUUAGGCAGUACGAGGGUUUGCUUUUCCGACCCCCACACCGGCCGGUCUAUGGGAUACAGUACAGUCCCUUUGAGCACCAGCUUUAUGGAUGAAUUAGGGACUUUAGACUGCAUGGAUUAUGGGCUUUUUAAAUGUAUGAAUGAGGGCUUUUGACUGCAAAGAUUAUGGGCUUUUUAAUGGAUAAAUGAGGGUUUUUAGACUGCAUGGGUUAAGGGCUUUUUAAUGGAUAAAUCAGGGCUUUUAGACUGCAUGGGUUAUGGGCUUUUUAAAUGGAUGAAUGAGGGCUUUUAUACUGCAUGGGUUAUGGGCUUUUUAAAUGGAUAAAUGAGGGCUUUAGACUGCAAACGUUAUGGGCUUUAUAAAUGGAUGAAUGAUGUCUUUUACUAUUAAAAAAAAAAACAACUGCAUAUGCUGGUAUUAAAAAGAGUUUUGGGCUUUUUAGAUGGAUGAAUGAUGUCUUUUAUGACUGUAUGGGUCUUGGACUUUUAAAAUGGAUGAUUGUGUAGAUGUAUUUUUUAAUGCUAUUUUGGAUCCUUGCUUUUAGUCCAAAUGAAUCUGUAUAGUUUUCUAAUUAUUAUUUAUUGGUAGCUAAUCAUAAAAAGUGUUGCUUUAACAAUUAAUUGGUGUAUAAAACAUGAUAGGUGCUAGAAAUUAAUUAGACUACAUGCAUAUUUUGUUGUUAGCCUAUUUCAAACUUAUUCUGUUUAUGUUAGUGUCUUUGUACUAUUAACGUGUGAAAUUUAAACAUUUAACAUGGUAUGGAAAAUUUUAUUCAUUUUUUAUUAUUAUUAUAAAAAAUAUAUAUUUAAACUAUUUUGAGGACUGUGUUUGUAUUAUUAGACUUGCAUGCUAUUAAUACUUAAUGAUAAUGCAAUAAUGUUAAUGUGCUUAAAAAAUUGUGAUUGAAAUAUGUGCAUUGUAAAUAGAUAAAAAAAUAACAUCGAAGCAUUUAUUGAUGGCACUUGACUGUGAUAUGGUCUACAGUAUUAUAAUAAAAAUAAUAAAUUAUUUUUACUUAUACAAAAACAAUUUUUAAUUCAAAUAAUUUUAAUGUAUAAUUUAAAAAAAAAAAUUUCUGGUCAUUUCUGUUUAUUGGACAGACCGAAGUUUUGUUUCCUUGCCAAAUCAUCUGUCUCACCGAGUCCAUUUUAUUCUUGUAGAAUUAAAUUACUUGUCUUUUAUAUGUUUUAAUAUAGUUGUUUAUAGAAAACUAGUGAGGAAAAUGUAUAGAA